AUGCGUCUCCUCGCCCCCUGGUUCAGUAGCUUGGCAGUCCUGCCACUGGCUCGGGCUUCCUUGCCUAUGCUUUAUGGAACCGAAGUAUGGUCGAGCCCCUACAGCAACAAUAAACCCAGCGUGAAAGUUGAGACGCUCUUUCAGUUCCCGGAGAAUGGUUCAUGGGUCGACAACCUCGUCCUGCGAUCAGAUGGAAACCUUCUGUUGACGCGUCUGGAUGUUCCGGAAGUUUGGUCGGUCAACACAACUAGUGGAAACGCGACUCUUGCCUACUCAUUCCCCAAUGUCACUAGCUGCUUUGGAAUCAGCGAAAUCGCGGACGAUGUAUUUGCGGUGGUAGUAGGCAAUUUCUCGACAAAGACUUACAAGCCCGAUGCUGGUUCUUUCUCCGUCCAGAAAUUAGAUUUCAACAAAACCAGCAAGAGAAGGGGCAAACGGGCCUCAAAGCUCCCGGCUGCUUCCCGGAUUGUGGCACUACCGGAAGCCCAGGCUUUGAAUGGAAUGACUACUUUCUCAAAAGACGCAGAUUUGGUUCUCAUUGCGGACAGCCCCAAGGGCGUGGUAUGGAAAGUCAACACCAAAACGGGUGACUAUGCUGUUGCACUGAACGAUACUACCAUGCUGCCAGCAAAGGGCCAGGCACUUCCCUUGGGAAUUAACGGCUUGAAAGCGAUUGAGGACUAUGUGUACUAUUCCAGCACAACACGCAUGGAGUUUUGUCGCGUCAAGGUGGACAAGGAUGUCAAGCCGAUCGGAGACUACGAGGUCAUCGCUAGCGGGUUUUUGCCCGAUAACAUGGACGUCACAGAAGAUGGCUUUGCGUAUAUCGCCACGGAUCCUCAGAACUCCGUUGUCCGCAUCACUCCUUCAGGACAAAUCUCGCUCGUCGCUGGUGGACAAUUGUCCACAGAGAUGCCAGGUCCAACGUCAGCCCGGCUGAGCGAGGAUCGCAAGUCUCUCUAUGUUGGAACUAGUGGUGGUCAGGUUGCGCCAGUUUUAGGCACUUUCAUGGAGCCAGGCAAGGUGGUCAAGAUCACUCUAGAAUAA